AUGGGCAAAGUCAAGCAAUCCAAGCGCAAUGGCGCUCCCUCCAGUCCUUACGAACGACCAUCGGGCGGCUCAGGCAAUUCCAACAAGAACAAUGUCUUCAAAUUCAAUACCAACUUCGGCCAGCACAUUCUCAAAAACCCCGGCGUGUCCGACGCAAUUGUCGAAAAGGCCUACCUGAAGCCCACAGAUACCGUACUAGAAAUCGGUCCCGGAACGGGUAAUCUGACAGUACGCAUCUUGGAGCGCGCCAAGAAAUGCAUCUGCGUAGAGUUGGAUCCUCGCAUGGCGGCAGAAGUGACGAAGCGUGUGCAGGGAACACCCGAGCAGAGGAAGCUGGAGGUUAUUCUAGGCGAUGUAAUCAAGACCGAACUACCCCAGUUUGAUGUCUGCAUUUCAAAUACGCCGUACCAAAUUUCAAGUCCCCUCGUCUUCAAACUCCUCGCCAUGCCCAACCCUCCCCGCACAUCCGUACUCAUGUUCCAGCGCGAAUUCGCCCUCCGCCUAACCGCCCGCCCCGGCGACCCCCUCUACUCCCGCAUAUCCGUCAACGCCCAAUUCUGGGCCAAGAUCACACACAUCAUGAAGGUCGGCAAGAACAACUUCCGGCCCCCACCACAGGUCGAAUCCUCAGUAGUACGAAUCGAGCCCAAAGUAGGCAAGGACAGACCAAACGUAAGCUGGGAUGAAUGGGACGGCCUACUCCGCGUGUGCUUUGUGAGGAAAAACAAGACCCUAAGGGCAAGUUGGCUAGGCACAAGGGAGGUAUUGACAAUGGUUGAAAAGAAUUACCGCACGUGGUGUGCCAUGAAUGGCGUGGCAGUGGAUGAGUCGCUCGUGGAGGGCGGUGAUGCAGAGGAGGACCUGGAUAUGGAGGGUGGUGAUGCUGGUGCCGGUGAAGAGGACGGCAUGGACGUGGACGAUGACGACGCCCCGGAUUUCUUCAAUGAGGCGAACAGCUUGGCUACCAAUGUGCCCAAGACGAAGAGUAAGCGCAAGAAGACAAAGGUUGCGGAGCUGGUGCGGGAGAAGAUUCGCAAGGUGUUGGAGGAUGUGACCGAGUUAGCGGAUAAGCGUGCUGGCAAGUGUGAUGAGACUGACUUUCUGCGCCUGCUCUUUGCAUUCAACGAGGAGGGAAUUCAUUUUUCAUGA